AUGAUCCAGUUUAAAGAAGAAAACGAGACUUUCAGUGGUCCCAACAAUCAAGAGAUUGACCAGACACAAAAUGCAACCUCAAACGCCAAGCGACCCCGUGGACGAACCCCAGCCGAUAAAGAACACAGAAGCCUCAAGAGAUUGUUGAGGAAUAGAGUAUCUGCACAACAAGCGAGGGAGAGGAAGAAAGUGUAUGUGAGUGAUUUGGAAUCAAGAGCUAAUGAGUUGCAGAACAACAAUGAUGAACUUGAGGAGAAGAUCUCUACUUUGAUGAACGAGAACACAAUGCUUCGCAAAAUGCUUAUUAACACUAGGCCUAAACCAGAUGAUCAUCACUGA